GAAAUGCAAGUCGCUAACAAGGUUGCCCUUAUAACUGGGUCAGGUAAAGGACUCGGCAAGGCGUUCGCGGGAGCGUUACUCCAGCGCGGAGCCAGGGUAUGUCUAUCUGACGUCAACCCCGAGACCCUCCAGACGACGCACGACCAAUACGCCUCAAAAUUUGGCCGUGAAAAUGUGUGCAGCUGUCCAUGUGACGUUACAGUCGAGGCAAACCUUAAAGAUUUAUUUUCAAAAGCGAGGCAGGAUUUGAAAGGACUGGACAUAGUGGUAAACAAUGCGGGGAUAGCUGACGAAAGCAAAUGGGAUAAGAUGGUGGAUAUCAAUCUGAAAGGUGUGAUUAGUGGUACAUUGAUGGGAAUGGAGGCUAUGAAAACGGCCAACGGUGGCAGCGGGGGAAUCAUUGUCAAUGUGGCAUCUAUGGCUGGACUCAUUCCGGUGGCCCAUGUCCCAGCAUACUCUGCGACGAAAUAUGGUGUUGUGGCUUACACGAAGAGCUGGGCUGAGAACCCAGAAUCGGUAGACAACAAUAUUCGAAUGGUUUGUCUUUGUCCGGCCUACACUAAAACUGACAUCAUGAAAAUGACAGACUAUUCCGUACACAACAGCGACAUCGCCAAUGCUUCCGUAGUCAAACUAGGGAUUAUGAGUGUUGAGACCGUUGUGACUGCUUUCCUGAAACUUCUCGACGAUAAUGACAACCAUGGGAAAGCGUUGUCUGUGAUGAAUGCCAAAGGAAUGCACUACAUUUAG